CAACAAAACUGUUCAAAGAAAAGAAAAGGUUACGGUCUUCAUCGUCAUCUUUACAGGGAUCUUUUAGGUAAUUAAUCAAAACAAACAGGAAUACAAAAUCUGGAAGAUGAAGCAAAGCUAGUAUAUAGAAAGAAGUCAGAGCCAAGCUGGCCAAUAAGCCAUACGUUAUGUCCAAAGGCCAAGCAAGAUAAAACCAUAAAAUAUAAUCUCUACUCCCGUCUGGAGUUAGAUGGUUGAUUUUGUCCUUUUCUCCUGGCCAUGAUAAUGUUCUGCACGAGGCUCACUGUAUCUUAACAAUUAUUUACUAGACUAGUAGAUAUUAUUGCAGAAAACAUUAUCAUCUAAUAUCUUCAGCCAAUAAAAGCCACUCUACCAUUAAAAAAGAGAAAUUUGGUUCUACCCAUCACAUUAUUUCUUGAGGGUCUUGAAGAUAAUGGUCGUGAAUAGGAGCCACUAGUCAAAAAGAUUGUCUUGGACACAAGAACUGAGGUAAUUUGAAGUGGGGUUUUGAGGAAAAGAUGGAAGGAGAUCGGAUUGAAGAGAGCAGUGUAAGAUUGCUGGGUAGUAGUACUAGUAGUGGUGGUGGUGGAGGAGGAGGAGGUGAGUCUAGUAGAUGGGUAGAUGGGAGUGAAGUGGAUUCCGAGUCACCUCCAUGGUCUUUGCUUGAUGAGAAUGACAGUAGGGAUGGGUAUGGAUCCAUGAGGAGGAGGUUGGUGAAGAAGCCCAAAAGAACUGAUUCCUUUGAUGUUGAAGCCAUGGAGAUUGCUGGUGCUCAUGGCCACCACUCAAAGGAUCUCUCUACUUGGAGCAUUCUUGCAAUGGCAUUUCAAACACUGGGCGUGGUGUAUGGUGAUCUAGGCACAAGCCCUUUGUACGUCUUUGCUGACGUGUUCAGUAAGGUGACCAUUGAGUCUGAAAUUGAUAUCUUGGGGGCUCUAUCGCUAGUUAUGUACACAAUUGCUCUCAUUCCUUUAGCAAAAUAUGUUUUUGUAGUGCUUAAAGCAAAUGAUAAUGGGGAAGGAGGAACAUUUGCUUUGUACUCGCUGAUAUGCAGAUAUGCAAAGGUUAGCAUGCUGCCAAAUCGUCAACAGGCUGAUGAAAAAAUCUCAAGUUUUAGGCUCAAGUUGCCUACUCCAGAGUUAGAAAGGGCUUUAAAUAUUAAAGAUGCUUUAGAGAGGAGGUCAACCUUGAAAACUAUGCUCUUGCUGUUGGUUCUGAUGGGAACUUCUAUGGUUAUAGGAGAUGGUAUUCUAACCCCAGCAAUAUCAGUGAUGUCUGCUAUGAGUGGUCUGCAGAGUCAAGUACGGGGAUUUGGCACAACUGCACUGGUUGUUGUCUCGAUCAUAGUCUUGGUCAUUUUGUUCAGCAUACAGAGGUUUGGUACUGGGAAAGUGAGUUUUAUGUUUGCUCCGAUACUUGCUUUGUGGUUCUUCUCUUUGGCUUCUAUUGGAAUUUACAAUCUAGUGACGUAUGAUAUUAGCGUCCUGAGGGCAUUCAAUCCAGCCUAUAUCUAUCUCUUCUUCAAGAAGAACAGUGUUAAAGCAUGGUCAGCUCUUGGUGGUUGUGUUCUGUGCAUUACAGGAGCUGAAGCUAUGUUUGCUGAUCUAGGGCAUUUCAAUGUAAAAGCCAUACAGAUUGCCUUCUCUUUUGUAGUAUUUCCCUGUCUUCUUCUAGCAUACAUGGGCCAGGCUUCAUAUUUAAUGAAAUACCCUCAAUCUUCAGGCACAAUAUUCUAUUCUUCUGUGCCAGAGAGUCUGUUCUGGCCAGUUUUUGCCGUAGCUACCAUUGCUGCCAUGAUUGCAAGCCAAGCAAUGAUUUCUGCCACAUUUUCAUGUGUUAAGCAAUCUAUGGCUCUUGGAUGCUUCCCAAGGCUUAAGAUAGUUCACACAUCAAAGAAGCAGAUGGGUCAAAUCUACAUCCCUGUAAUCAAUUAUUUUUUAAUGAUUAUGUGCAUAGUUGUGGUUUCAAUCUUCCGGAGCACCACAGAUAUUGCCAAUGCAUAUGGCAUAGCUGAGGUUGGGGUGAUGAUUGUAAGCACUACCUUAGUAACUCUAGUGAUGCUUCUAAUCUGGCAGACCAACAUUUUUCUGGCUUUAUGUUUCCCACUCAUUUUUGGCUCAGUAGAACUCAUCUACUUGUCUGCUGUUCUAUCAAAACUAUUAGAGGGUGGAUGGCUUCCGCUUGUAUUUGCUAGUUGUUUCCUUUGUGUUAUGUACAUUUGGAAUUAUGGGAGCGUAUUAAAAUACCAGAGUGAGGUAAGGGAGAAGAUUUCGAUGGACUUCAUGCUUGAACUUGGCUCCACCCUGGGGACUGUUAGAGUUCCUGGAAUUGGAUUGCUAUACAACGAGCUUGUUCAAGGUAUUCCCUCAAUCUUUGGGCAGUUCCUACUCAGCCUUCCAGCAAUUCACUCUACCAUAGUAUUUGUUUGCAUUAAGUAUGUCCCUGUCCCAGUCGUUCCUCAAGAGGAAAGGUUUCUUUUUCGAAGAAUUUGCCCAAAAGACUACCAUAUAUUCCGUUGUGUUGCCCGGUAUGGUUACAAAGAUGUCAGGAAGGAAGAUCACCAUGCAUUUGAGGAACUUUUGGUGGAAAGCCUCGAGAAGUUUUUGCGAAGGGAGGCUCAAGAUCUCGCCUUGGAAAGCAACUUGAAUGAGUUAGAGUUGGACAGUGUUUCGGUGAUAUCAAGGGAUUCUGGAGUCCCAGCUGGUGAUGGGAAUGAGGAGCUAAACAUUCCUUUGAUGCACGAUCAGAGAUUAGUAGAACAAGGAACUUCUACUUCAGAAGAAGCUUCCUCAGUAUUGCCUUCUAGUGUCAUGUCAGCAGAUGAAGAUCCAAGUCUAGAGUAUGAACUUGCAGCUCUUAGAGAAGCAAAGGAGUCGGGAUUUACUUAUUUACUAGCGCAUGGGGAUGUGAGAGCAAGGAAAAAUUCCCUUUUUCUCAAGAAACUGGUAAUUAAUUACUUCUAUGCAUUCUUGAGGAGGAAUUGUAGAGGCGGUUCUGCUACUAUGCGAGUACCUCACAUGAAUAUCUUACAGGUUGGCAUGACAUAUAUGGUUUAAUUCAUUUAUCUGUCUGAAUCUGUGUAUUGUUGAUGGCCGCCUAUUCUGGGCUCAAAGAAAUUCGGAAAUAAACAGAUAGGAAACAAAUCAGAAAUCAUUCAACUUUUUCAUCUUUGCUGCCUUUUGUAGCAUUUCAGUGGAAUCCUUAGAUGGAUUUCUACUUGAAAUAUGAUCUUUCUUUUCUUCUUUUUAACAGUUAUGGAGGGCAGUGAAAUUUAAUAGAAUGAAAAAUGUAAUUGAAUUUGUGAUCAA